AUGCUCAUCCGCUGCCUUCUUCCAUUGGAGCUCGACACCGGACCACGGGCCAGAAAGUCGUCAACGCUGUGCUCUCUGCUGCUGCUGCUCACCAUCGCCGCACUUGCAGUUCUCGGACAGGACAAAAUCGAAGAAGUCGGACUUGGCAAGCACACAUUGAUUAACGACAACCAAGUGACGCUCGUCGACCACACCGUAAUUGCCAACAAGGCAAACUUUGACGACCUUGCUGAUUGUAACUUCAGGAAGCUGUAUCCGGACGCCUGCGAUGUUACAAACGAAGACGACUACAUCGAGCUUCGGUACAACUAUCGCAGCAAUGGAUGCACUGUGGACCUGCUCAGCGAGAACAAGUCGAACGACAACACGAUCAAGUUCACGACCGGAGUGCGAAACCCAAGAGGUGGAAAUCUCACCAGAUGCCUUGACGAUGGUGCCACUUUCGAGAAAAGCCAUAACAAUAUCAUGCCUUUCGUCUACAACGUGAACAACACAGCCAUCAAGAGGUUCAACAACAAGGGCCCGUACAAUGGAACUGACGAAUCGUGCUAUAAGAAACCGUCUUGUGAGGGUACAAGUGGUACAUGCAUGCUGUGGACAUUUCUUGAAGUCUCGUGGAGCUUGUCUAGGGGGCAAGUGUAUGCUUAUACACAUCUAGGUGAGGAUCUUGUUUAG